AUGCUUGGAGUGCAGCAAAAGCUUUACCCAGAACAGCAGUCCCAUGAUUCAUAUAACGACCGAUGCAGGAGGAACCGCUCUACCAGUGCUCCCAAUGUGGUAAAAGAUUUAGCAUACAAACCAAUCUGUUUCAGUCAGAAUUCCAAGCUGCUGAUACGCCAGAGGCGUCAAACAGGAGUAAAAACAUAUGAGUGUCUGGAUUGUGAGAAGAAAUUCAGUCACAAAUCCCACCUGGUGAAACACCAGACAACGCACAUGGAAGAGAAACCAUAUGAGUUUUCAGAUUGUCAGAAUUCCAAGCUGGUGAGACACGAGAGGGCUCACAUGGGAGAGAACCCAUAUGAAUGUCUGGAUUGUAGGAAAAGUUUCAGUCAGAAUUCCAAGCUGGUGAGACACCAGAGGAUUCACAUGGGAGAGAAACCGCAUGAGUGUCCAGAUUGUGGGAAAAGUUUCAAUUGGAAUUCGGAACUUGUGGUACACCAGAGGAUUCACAGAGGAGAGAAACCAUAUAAGUGUUCUGAUUGUGGGAAAACUUUCAGUCACAAUUCCACCCUGGUGAUACACAAGAGGACUCACACGGGAGAAAAACCAUAUGAAUGUCCAGAUUGUGGGAAAAGUUUCAGUCAGAAUUACAACCUGGUGAUACACCAGAGGAAUCACACGGGAGAGAAACCAUAUAAGUGUUCUGAUUGCGGGAAAGGUUUCCAUCGAAAUCCCGACUUGGUGAUACACAAGAGGACACACACAAGAGAAAAACCAUAUGAGUGUCCGGAUUGUGGGAAAAGUUUCAGUCACAAUUCCACCCUGGUGAUACACAAGAAGACUCACACGGGAGAAAAACCAUAUGAAUGUCCGGAUUGUGGGAAAAGUUUCAGUCACAAUUCCAACCUGGUGAUACACCAGAGGAAUCACACGGGAGAGAAACUGCAUGAGUGUCCAGAUUGUGGGAAAAGUUUCAAUUGGAAUUCGGAACUUGUGGUACACCAGAGGAUUCACACAGGAGAGAAGCCAUAUAAGUGUCCUGAUUGUGGGAAAGACUUCCAUCGAAAUUCUGACUUGGUGAUACACAAGAGAACACACACAGGCGAAAAACCAUAUGAGUGUCCAGAUUGUGGAAAAAGUUUCAGUCACAAUUCCAAUCUGGUGAUACACGUGAGAACUCACACAGGGGAAAAACCGUAUGAGUGUUCGGAUUGUGGAAAAAGUUUCAGUCACAAUUCUAGCCUGGUAAAACACAUGAGAACUCACACAGGGGAAAAACCGUAUGAGUGUCCGGAUUGUGGGAAAGAUUUCAGUACUAGAUCUAGCCUUAUAAAUCAUCUGCUGAUACACCAGAGGGCUCAAACAGGAGUAAAACCAUAUGAGUGUCUGGAUUGUGAGAAAAAAUUCAGUCACAAAUCCCACCUGGUGAAACACCAGACAACGCACAUGGAAGAGAAACCAUAUGAGUUUUCAGAUUGUCAGAAUUCCAAGCUGGUGAGACACGAGAGGGCUCACACCAAAGAGAACCCAUAUGAGUGUCUGGAUUGUGGGAAAAGUUUCAGUCAGAAUUCCAAGCUGGUGAGACACCAGAGGAUUCACACGGGA